AUGACAUCUUCUACUCAACAUCUAAGCUCUGAUCUAGUCAGAGAGUCUGUGGCAUGCUAUCUUCCGAUAGUGCGCAGUGCCAAUCCCGCGACUGGAAUUAAACGUCGCAUGACUUCGCGGCUGGCAUUUAAUGUUCUGGCGAUUCAGAAGAUUGCUGAAAAUGACCAGGAUGCUAUCACCAGCUUGCUUCAAUCGGCCUGGGCGCUGGUUUUGUAUUACUACACUGGAUUAACCGAGGUGUGUUUUGGAUACGAUGAGUUCGACUUGGCUGGUUCGCGUCAGAAACCGAGGUCAUCUGUCGCAAGGACCAGGAUUAAUGAUAAUAUGUCGCCGAGGGAGGUAUUGGAUGAUUUCCAAGGUAAGGAUGGUAAGUACGGAAUGAACGGAGGGAUUAAUGGGCAGGGACGAUUGAAACAAUCACAAUUUCACUACAACACGACAGUGACACUUCAAGUGCGGAGUUCGGCAACGAAUGCGCCGAGAACGGCCGCUCUGGGACCUUCACAAGCUGCAAUGGUUUUUUCAGAAGAGUGCAAGAUCCGAGUAUUGGCAAAAUACGUAAAUAGCUCGCUUAGCAUUUUUCUCGAAUGGCGACAUCCGGAGGUUUCUGCGUCAUUUGCUUCUAAUGUGUCGCAUAUAUAUAGUCGCAUGCUUAACUCCUUGACUAAUGAUCUAGACUCUUGCAUCCAGAGUCUGUGUCUGAUCACCCCUGAUGAGAAAGACCAGAUCAUGAAAUGGAACGCUGUCCGACCGGAAACGGUGGACAGAUGCAUCCAUCAGAUCAUCGAGGACCAAGUUUCAAGUCACCCUGAAAAAGAGGCGGUGUGUGCCUGGGAUGGCUCACUCACGUAUUUCGAGCUUGAUCAGCUUGCCACCAAGCUCGCCUUGUAUCUGAUGAACGUCGGAGUGGGGCCGGAAACUCGAGUCGCGCUUUGUUUUGAUAAGUCGAAAUGGAAUAUCGUCGCCAUGCUGGCGGUGUUAAAGGCUGGUGGUGCCUUUGUCCCCCUGGAUCCAACCCACCCGAUUGCCCGACUUCGGGCUCUAGUGCAAGCAGUCGAAGCCAAAGUGACGCUGUGCUCGACUCAACAUGCUUCUCGGCUGGAAGAGGCCGUUGAGAAGGUUGUUGCGCUGGAUGGAGAGUGGCUGGAGUCUCUCAUAGCAGCGGGUGGGAAGGAGCAAACGGGUGACUCCGUCCACGGCAAGAACGCAGCUUACGUGCUUUUUACCUCAGGCUCGACGGGAGAGCCAAAGGGGACGGUGGUUGAGCACCAAGCAUUCUGCUCAGGUGCCCGCGCCCAUGGCCCAGCCAUAUUGAUAGACUCUGACUCGCGCGUGCUGCAAUUCGCUGCCCACACAUUCGACGCCAGUUUGGCUGAGAUCCUCACUCCACUUAUGUGCGGUGCUUGCGUGUGUAUUCCCAGUGAAGAUGCUAGACUGAACGGGAUUGUUCCCGCAAUCAAUGAGAUGCGCGUGAAUCAUGCCUCUCUCACCCCCUCGUUUAUUCGAUUCAUUGAGCCUGCCGAAGUGCCAGGUCUUUCAAUACUUGUAUUGGUAGGCGAAGCUCUCACGCAAGCUAAUAUUGAGACAUGGUCAUCGAUCAACCUUGUCAAUGGCUACGGGCCCACAGAGAGCUCUGUGGUCGCCGUAGUCAAUUCAAAUAUCUCCAGUAAUACCGCUUCUCAAGACAUCGGGUUUCCGGUCGCCGUGAGAUGCUGGGUUGUAGAUCCGGAAAAUCACGAUAUUCUGCUUCCUAUUGGUUGCACCGGGGAACUCUUGUUGGAGGGUCCAUCAUUAGCUCGGUGUUAUCUCAAUAACGCAGAGAAAACUGCUCAAGCUUUUAUCUUUGAUCCUGCAUGGUCACAAGAUGCCAACAACGAUGGACAGCGUCGUUUUUAUAAAACUGGGGACUUGGUUCGGUAUAAUUCCGAUGCUGGUUCUUUUGACUUUGUUGGUAGAAAAGAUACCCAGGUCAAGUUUCAUGGACAGCGAAUCGAGCUGGGAGAGAUUGAAUCGCAUCUAAUUCGUCACUCGGCCACAAAACAUGGCCUCGUUUUAUUACCAAAAUCUGGCCCUGUGGCGCAAAAGCUGGUUGCAAUUGUUUCACUCAGCGACAGCUUGCUUGAAAACAUGCCCAGCAGUCCAGUUCCACUAAAACUUCUCGAGAAUGCUACUCAUCAAGUGCAUAUUUCCAACCUUCGAGAGCAGAUGGGUGAGAUUUUGCCGAGCUAUAUGGUCCCUUCAAUAUGGGUGUGUGUGGAAGCAUUUCCCGUGCUUGCAUCUCGCAAAUUGGACCGCAGAACUACUCUCCGAUGGCUUGAGACACUAACACAGGAGGCUAUAGACAAGCUGCUCCCUGUGUCAGAGGAAGUGUUUGGAGAUUUCGAGGAGGAAAUGACCGAUGUCGAAAGUAAAAUACGCCAGAUAUGGAGCCGGGUUCUUAAUAUUUCUUUAUCGAAGACAAGCCUGAAUCACAGUUUUCUUAGCCUAGGUGGUGAUUCUAUCACCGCCAUGACAUGCAUGAACCAGUGCAAAAAGGCUGGUCUCGGCUUCAGCGUGCAGGAAAUAUUACGAAGUAAGUCAAUCAAGGAGCUUGCAAACUGCGUCAAGCCAGUUGGACGUCAAAACGAGUAUCAUGAAGAGAUCGACAAAUUCUUUGACCUGUCGCCGAUACAGAAGUUGCAUUUUCACGCCCGCACUGACGAACAAGGACACUUCAACCAAAGUUUCUUUUUACGUCUUAACCGCCAAGUUACAGAACAGGAUUUACUGAGCGCCAUUACAACGAUUAUAAAACGUCACUCUAUGCUACGAGGCCGCUUCUCUUAUAACACUGCGCAAAAAAAGUGGGAGCAGCGGAUAACGAGUCGAUACGACGAGUCUUAUCGUUUCAGAGUUCAUCAGCUACUAUUUCGAAAGCAGGCGAAAGAUGCCAUUGCUGAGAGCCAGGCAUCUCUCAAUGCUGUUACAGGCCUAGUUCUGUCAGUCGAUCUAUUCUAUGUAAAGGAUGAUUGCCAACUUCUGUCGCUGGUUGCGCAUCAUCUCGUUAUUGAUUUGGUGUCUUGGCGUGUAAUACUUGAAGACUUAGAAGAGCUUCUUACACACUCUGCUUCAUUGUCACUUCUUGAACCUACUCUGCCGUUUCAAGACUGGUGUCAGCUCCAAGCAGCGAGAAUAUAUGAAGCGGGUAUGAUUAUCGACAAUGUCCCACUUUGUGACCUCUCGUACUGGGGAAUGAGUGAGGCCACUAAUACAUAUGGUGAGGUUGCUUGUGAUGGGUUUGAACUUGAUCCCAAAACAACAGCGUUAGUGAUGGGUGAUUCUAACUUUGCACUGCGAACCGAGACCGUGGACCUUUUGGUGGCCUCCUUGCUAUACUCCUUCAGAAAGACCUUUCCUGACCAUAAUUCCCCUGUCGUGCACAACGAAGGUCAUGGGAGAGAAACGUGGGACGAAGGAAUCGAUAUUUCUCGAACUGUCGGAUGGUUUACCAUAAUCUAUCCAGUAUUUGUGGAAGAAGAAGUUUUAAAUGGUUUGGUUGACACUCUAGUCCAGGUUAAAGACCGCCGCAGGCAGGUCGAAGAUAACGGAAGAGAGUAUUUUGCCAACAGCAUUCUGACAGGCAACUGCGAAAAUCAAUACCAGCCUAUGGAGAUCAGCUUCAAUUAUCUAGGUCGCUAUCAACAGUUGGAACGAGCUGGUGCUUUGUUCCAGCCUGUCGAAGGUCUAGCCGGUGAAACAAGUCAAGGUGGAGGAGCAGCCGACUUUGGAAAAAAUACGCCGCGGUUCGGCCUAUUUGAGAUAUCUGCCGUCGUUGUUCAAGAUGUUUUGCGAUUCACUUUCUCUUUCAAUGGCUCCAUGAGGCACCAGAAGCAAAUUCGGAGUUGGAUCACAUCCUGUCGAGAGGCGCUUUGUCAACUAUCAAAUCAGCUGGUGUCUUUGAAACCUCGCCCGACGAUAAGUGAUUUUCCGCUGCUAUCCUUGAAUUACACCGACCUCUCAGCACUCACCGCUGAAAGAUUACCAGCUCUAGGUAUCGCAGCGCUUGAUGAAGUUGAGGAUAUCUACCCAUGCUCGCCAAUGCAGCGAGGACUUAUGAUAUCCACGAGCCGGAAUAGUUCGUUUUAUGCUGUUCGGGGAACGUACGAAAUCAAAUCGUCCGUCGGCCAAGUGGAUGCACAGCUUCUUGCACAGGCAUGGCAGAGAGUUAUUGACCGACAUGCAAUGCUCCGAACACUCUUUGUCGAAAAUCUGAGCUCAGAUGAUAUUUAUUCUCAGGUUGUCCUGCAUCAUUAUGCUUUCCCCCCUAAAAUCAUUCGCUCUGUUGAUGAUAAUGAAGUCUUGUCUGUAUUUGAUACCCAUAUUAUGGAAUUUAAUAACCGCAAGCCACUGCAUCAAUUCACUAUCUGUGAGACUAAUUCUGGUCGUUUGUUCUGUCGACUAGAGAUGAGUCAUGCUAUCAUGGACGGAACAUCAAUUUCGCUAAUCCUGCGGGAUCUCCAAAGGGCUUACAGCGGGAAGCUGGUUCAGGGUCCUAAUCCGCUCUUCAGCAAAUUUAUCUCAUACCUGAACAAACAGCCCAGAAAUGCCGCUAUUGACUACUGGAAGACAUACCUUUCUGGAGUGGAGCCAUGCCAUAUAUCAGUACUCAACGACGGGCAUGAUUCGGUGAAACAAUACACAAACCUCCGUCUCGAUUUUCAGGGCUUUGGUCGACUUCAAGAAACAUGCGAAAAAUACGGAUUGACCGUUGCGAACGCUUUGCAUGGAGCCUGGGCUCUGACACUUCGCUGUUUCACUGGAAGCGAGGAUGUAUGCUUCGGAUAUCUAAUAUCAGAGCGAGAUGCCCCGAUUGAAAGCGCUGAAGAAGUGAUUGGGCCGUUGAUCAAUAUGCUAGCUUGUAGAAUCAACAUGCCGUCUGAUGCCACUGUCAACAGUCUUUUAGAAAGAAUCCAGGGCGACUAUAUGAACAGUCUACCAUUCAAGCACUUUUCCUUGGCCGAUGUUCAACACGAAUUGGGUCUUUCUGGCACAGCUCUUUUUAAUACGUGUUUCUCUUACAGAAAGCUCCCACCCAAAGUUGAUGGAACACCGAUUAUUCAGUUCUCGGAAUGCGGUGGCUUGCACGACCCAACUGAAUAUUUGGUUACUAUCAACGUCGAGGCCACGGACAAAGAGGCUGUUAUUGACCUCGAUUAUUGGACUGAUCUUUUGUCCACUAGUCAAGCGGCUAAUAUUGCUCAAACUUUUAUCAAAGCUCUCGAAAAUAUUAUUAGCUAUCCUGAAACUGCUGUGGGUGAUUUAGACUACAUGUCGUCAGCGAACUGGCAGCAAGUUUCACAAUGGAACAAUUCAAUACCGGAGACCAUCAAAAAGUGCAUCCACGAGGUCUUUAAGGAACAGGUUCAGAUAAAUCCAAAUGCCCCUGCUAUCUGUUCUUGGGAUGGGCACUUCACAUAUUCUGAAGUGGAUGCGCUCUCCUCUCGCCUUGCCGGCUAUUUGUCUAGUAUUGGUGUUGAACCGGAAAGUUUUGUGGCUUUGUGCUUCGACAAGUCGGCCUACACCAUUGUUUCAAUGAUUGCCGUUCUCAAAGCUGGAGGGGGUUGUGUACCCCUGGACGCAGGCCAUCCGAAGACUGCUUUAGAUCUUCGAGUGCUUGAAAGCGGAGCCAAUGUCGUCCUCUCUUCUCCAUCCCGCGCCCACUUACUUGAAGAUAUUGUCCCAUAUGCCAUAUCUGUUGAUGAGUCACUGUUUGAAGAGCUCGAGACGGUUGAAAACACCAUGCUGAACCAGGCCAACCCUGAAAAUGCCGCGUUUCUGAUAUUCACCUCUGGUAGUACCGGAAACCCCAAGGGAGUCGUUCUUGAACACCAGAGUCUAGUGACUAGUGCUGCUGCCCAUGGGGCCGCUCUAGGUGUUGACUCCUCCACCAGAUUCUUGCAAUUCGCUUCCUACUCCUUCGAUAACAGUCUGGAAGAGAUAUUCACUCCAUUAAUGCGUGGCGGCUGUGUAUGUGUUCCAUCUGAAAGCGACAGAAUGAACAACCUGGCAAAAGCGAUCAAUGACCUCGACGUCAAUUUCACAGACAUGACUGCAACGGUGGCAUCUUUCCUCCAGCCAUCCGAUGUUCCAAAGCUCAAGGGUCUCGCAAUUGGCGGCGAAGCUCCAACCAAGGAAAUCAAGGAUACGUGGACAAAGGUUCUCCGGCUUCAGAACAUCUAUGGGCCGACGGAAUGUUCAAUCAAUUGCUGUCAUAACGCCGAUGUGAGCCUGUUGAGUGACGUUACGAAUAUUGGUCGGGCAGUAGGAUGUUUAACCUGGGUUGUAAAUCCCAGUGAUCAUAAUCACCUAGUUCCCAUCGGUUGUGUUGGUGAAUUGCUAAUCGAGGGGCCUAUUCUGGCGCGUCACUACCUUAAUAACCCAGAAAAGACACAGCAGAGUUUUAUUGAAAACCCGACGUUUAGAUCAAAAAUCUCUGAAAAGGUCGCGAAUGCGCAGACUGCCACUGGAAAUGGCCAUAGAAUGUAUAAGACGGGCGAUUUGGUUCGAUACAACUCUGAUGGGUCGCUGGUGUAUCUCGGCCGCAAAGACACGCAGGUUAAGUUGAACGGCCAACGAAUUGAGCUGGGUGAAAUCGAGCAUAGAAUGCAAGCAGCACUACCUGCAGAAAGCCAGUGCUCAGUUGACCUGAUCGUCACCCGCAAUGGAAGUAUAACGUCGAAAGCUCUAGUUGCAUUCGUCUGUCUUCAAGCAGAAAGCAAAGCACAGGUACAUAACGAUUCAGAGUUUAUCCUGUCCAUGUCGGAGAAAUUUCAAGACAUAGCACUGGCUACCAAAUCCACUCUGAUUUCCCAGUUGCAGAGUUACAUGGUACCGAAUGUCUACAUACCAGUAUCUUUCUUGCCAAUGACAUCUUCAGGGAAGUUGAAUCGACGCUUGUUGCGAGUUUCGGCCGAGGAAAUACUAUCGGGAGACGCAUCUGCAUAUAGACUUGGAGGUAGAAGUGGCCGAGCGCCAUCUACUGAUGCCGAAAAGGUUUUACAGAGGCUGUGGGUGUCAGUCUUAUCCGUUGAUGCUUCUACUAUCAGUGCAGAAGAUACGUUCUUCCGACAUGGAGGUGAUUCCAUAUCAGCCAUUAAACUAGUAACGGCCGCUCGCAAGGAGGGAUACACGAUUGGAGUUGCAGAUAUUCUGAAGACCCCUAUGCUUUCCGAAAUGGCUCAGAGCAUCUCAGGACUGUCAUCAACCGCCAUUGCAGAAAUGGACGUAGAAAUAAUUCCCUUCUCAAUGCUCGAUAGCUCGGUUUCUCUCGCCGAGCUCAAGGAUGAAGUGUCCACAGUCUGCCGGAUUCCCGCAGAUUCCAUUGAAGAUAUUUAUCCAUGCACUGCAAUUCAAGAAGGACUCAUCGCUCUGUCAAAUACAAAACCAGGGUCGUAUGUCACUCAGAAUGUUUACGAACUGACAAAUGGCAUCGAUAUUGCUAAAUUCAAACAAGCAUGGGAGAAAUUGGCUUACGCGGAGGCUAUACUCAGAACGAGAAUUGUGCAUUCUAAAUCAGGGGGUUUUCUCCAGGUUGUUGUUCGCGAGUCUCUGGAGUGGGAAUCGAUUCUUGAAAUGAGCGCCUUAUCUUCUCCUAGCGGUUCACCAUUGGCGACAAACGGAGGAAGGUUAUCUAGAUAUACGAUCGUUGGGGAGUCCUCGAAUAGUCCACGUUUUGUAUGGACUGCCCAUCACGCAGUUUACGAUGGAUGGAGCAUGCCUAUUCUUCUAGACAAAUUGAGAGCUUACUACGAAGAUGGCCUUAAAGGAGCAAAACAGCCAAACAAUUCCUACCUCCAUUUCAUAAAAUACCUCGCCAGCGUUGAUUCCGAAGAAGCCAAAAAUUUCUGGACGGCGCAGUUGGAUGGAUUGACUAGGGUGCAAUUUCCUGCUCUACCCAAUGCAUCUUACAAACCAUCACCGAAAAAUCGCCUUACCAAGAAGUUCAGACUUCCGACGCAAAGCCGCCUAGAAGCUACACUGCCAUCCAUAGUUCGCGCAGCUUGGACUUUGACAAGUUCUGUAUUUUCUUUCUCCGAGGACGUUAUUUUUGGAGAAAUUAUGACAGGUCGCGAUGCCCCGGUUCCUGGAAUUGCUGAUAUCAUUGGCCCCAUUUUAUCAAUUGUGCCAAUGCGAUUACAGAUUGAUCUAGAAUUGACAGUUGCUCAAUUUCUACAAAGUAUUCAAAAGCAGGCCGCUUCUUUGAUACCAUACCAGUUUACUGGCCUGCAAAAUAUCAGGGGCUUCGGCGAAGAUGCGAAAGCAGCGUGCGAUUUCCAGACUCUGUUUUCUAUUGCACAUGGAGAUUCAGAUGACAUUGAAGGCAUUAUGUCUCUUCUGAGUGCCAAUUCAGGCGAGACGAAUUUCUAUACUUACCCUUUGAAUGUUUCGUGCUUCAUGUGGGAGUCUGAAUUAGAAGUUCAGGUGCAUUAUGACCAAAAUGUCCUUCCCGAAAUACAGUUGGAGCGAAUGUUGAAUCAAUUUAAGACCGUACUUGCAAUGGUUUGUUCUGAACAGAACAGAGAAGAAAAGAUUGGAAACGUUGAAAUAGUCAGUACCGAUGAUCUUUCUGUAAUUCAAAACUGGAAUGCAGAGCUCAGUCUGGACCGCGUCGAUAAAUGCAUCUACGAGCUGAUCGAUGAGAAUACCAAAUCGCAGCCGGAUGCCCCUGCAGUCAGCGCUUGGGAUGGCUCCUUCACUUACCGAGAACUUGAUGAACAUUCGACAAUUCUCGCCCAUCACAUCGCCGAGCUUGUUAAUGGAAAGAAGGAAAGUUUCAUUCCGGUUUGCUUUGAGAAAUCUGCCUUUGCUAUCGUGUCCAUGCUAGCUAUCAUGAAAGCUGGUUGUGCGUUCGUUCCUUUGGACCCUCAACAUCCGGUAGUUCGACGUCGAGAAAUAAUCGUGGACAUCGAGGCAGAUCUUAUUUUGUGCUCUCCCAAGUACUUGUCCUUGUGCAAGGAAGUCGUCCAGCAGACUCUGGCCGUUGAUAUGAGCGCUCUCACCAUGCUACCGAAUAAGCAGGUAUCGCUGAAGAAGAAUGAUCCAAGUUCUGCUGCCUAUGUUAUUUUCACUUCUGGAAGUACUGGGAAACCAAAGGGGUGCAUCAUUGAACAUGUUGGUUUCUGUUCAGGGGCGGUGAGAAAUGGCCCAGCAUUCUCUUUCGGGCCAUCUUCAAGGGUCCUUCAGUUCGCGUCCUAUACAUUUGAUGCAAGUAUACUCGAAACUCUCACAGUUCUGGUUAUGGGCGGCUGCGUCUGUGUUCCUCAUGACAAUACUCGACUCAAUGGCAUCGCUCAAUUCAUUAAUGAGAAAACUAUAAACACCGCGCUUCUUACUCCAAGCAUGGCCCAAACUAUCAAGCCUUGUGAUGUUCCUGGUCUGAAGAAUCUAGCUCUCGUAGGAGAAGCCAUGGCACCGAAUCAUCUCACGACUUGGGCAAAUGAGCUCCGAUUGAUCAACGGGUAUGGUCCUACGGAAACUUCUAUAGUUGCUGCCGUCAAGCCACGUAUGGUAUCCGAAACCAGUCCCUCUAAUAUCGGAACUGCCGUCGGAAAUGCAUGGCUUGUUGAUCCAGGCAAUCACAACAGGUUAAUGCCUGUCGGCGCCAUUGGAGAACUCCUUAUUGAAGGACCGACUUUGGCUAGAGGCUAUCUGAAUAACGUGCAGAAGACUGCAGAAGUGUUCAUUAAGAAUCCAACUUGGGCUACGCACAAGUCUAUUUAUGGAGACGUAGAGAGAAGGAUGUAUAGGACAGGGGACCUCGUGAAGUACGCACCUGACAAUUCUGGAGAAUUGAUUUACAUCGGAAGAAAGGAUAAUCAGGCAAAGAUCCAUGGACAACGACUUGAACUUGAAGAAAUCGAGCAUCAUCUGAACUCUGACGGCGAGAUCUUGAACGCUGUUGUCUUUGUGCCAAAAUCUGGCAAAUUUGCGAAAAAGCUCGUUGCUGUCCUCUCUCUACGCAACCAAUCGGACCUAAAGUCUGAAAGCGGUAGUCUACAAGUUGUGACUACCAAGCCUGCAAUGCAAAAGCUUCAGCCAAUGCGGGAUAGACUCGGGAAAAAGGUCCCGGGCUAUAUGGUUCCUUCGAAUUGGAUUAUUUUUGAACAGCUUCCUCUGCUUGCUUCAGGGAAAUUGAAUCGCAGGAUGAUCAGUCAAUUUAUUGAGAAUACAAGUGACGAUGUCUACACGAAGAUCAUGGCUGCAGCGGAGCAAGACUCGCCAGGGAAGAUCGUUGUUAUAACGGAGACUGAGGCAACUUUACAAAAGAUCUGGGCUUCUGUUCUGAAUAUAGGUUCUGAUAGCCUAAGCCUAGAUCGGUCUUUCAUCCACCUGGGUGGUGAUAGUAUGUCAGCUAUGGCCGUGAUGUCAAAAUGUCGGUCCCAACAUCUAGGCGUAACAGUGGAAAACAUUAUCACCUGCAAGUCAAUCCGGCAUCUCGCUACCUUGGUGACCUCACCUAAAAAGGCUAUUCUCGAAGAAGAAAACUUUCAUGAGUUUGAUCUUUCUCCCAUCCAAACGCUCUACUUCCGUUGUAUGGAGCGCCAAAACAACCGAUUCAAUCAGAGUAUGAUGAUGGAGGUAACUAAACCAUUGCAUAAAACCCAGUUGCGAAACGCUAUUACAAGAUUGGUCAAAAUGCAUCCAAUGCUACGAGCUAGAUUCUCGCGGGAUGGAAAUGGUAUCUGGAAGCAGCGUAUUACAUCGUCUAUCGAAGAUUCAUAUUUGUUCCGUACGGUUGAAUAUUUCGAUCCCGGUGAUGUACCUCGCGAGGUAGAGGAUGUACAGGGUUCUCUGAAUAUCGUCAAUGGCCCCGUUAUUGGUGUGAUGCUUGUCGACGACCCAUCAUCCAAUCCUCAAAUCCUCAUCUGCGUCCAUCAUCUGGUUAUUGAUGUUGUAUCUUGGGGAAUCAUCAUGCAAGAUCUCGAAGACAUCUUACAAGAGCGGCUCGUCCCAGAGAGUGAGGCAACCUCCUUCCAAAAAUGGUCUAAAUUGCAAGUUGAUUUUGCAAAACAAAAUCUAUCAACUAAAGUUCUACCAUUGGAUGAUAUGCCAACUUCUGACUUUGAGUUCUGGGGUAUGGAAAACAUCAAAAACACUCAUGGCGAUGUUGUGACCGAGGAAAUCAAAUUCGAGCCACCAAAGACAAGAGAUAUCCUUGAACUGGUCAAUGGGGCUUUGGGGGCCGAGUUGGUUGAUAUUCUUCUCGCAAGCCUUCUUCUAUCUUUCCGCCGUGUAUUCCCUAACCGGAAGACACCACCUUGCAUCUAUAACGAAGGCCACGGGCGGGAGCCUUGGGACCCCAAUAUUGAUCUCUCACGUACCGUGGGCUGGUUCACAACUCUAAGUCCGGUGCGUUUACCUUCUGAUACCGAAUCAAAUGAUGGGUAUGAUUUCCGCGAGUGCAUUCACUGGGUUAAGGACAUUCGCAAGAGAACUCCAGGAAAGGGUAUGCCUUACUUCGCCCAACGCUUCCUUACCUGGGAAGGUAGUGAAAAACACCGUCACCAUUGGCCGAUGGAAAUUGUUUUUAAUUACCUUGGUCAACACAAGAGUUCUAAAGAUCAAAAUAAGUUGCUGCGGCCCAUCAAUGGUACAGGUCAGGCAGUCAAUUCUUCUUUUGACAUUGGUGCAGAAGUUCCCCGAUUCUCCCUUAUUGAGAUCUCCGCAAUAAUUGUUGAGGACAGUCUGAGCCUGUCAUUUUCUUAUAACAAGGUUAUGAAACGACAGACCGGCAUUGGACGAUGGGUUAGAGACUGCAAAGACUUGUUAUGCGAUGCCCUUGUCGAUCCGUCCAUGAGGAAAUUACAACCGAGUUUGAGUGACUUUCCUCUACUACCGUUAUCAUUCAACAGUAUUAAAAAGCUAAAACAGAGUUUGGCUGCUCUUGGAAUCCAAUCCUUUGACGAGAUUGAAGACAUUUACCCAUCUUCUCCUAUGCAAGACGGAAUUCUGCUCAGUCAACUCAGAGACGCUACUACCUACUCCUACAAAACCGUGUUUGAGGUUGAUUCUCCUGUAGGCGAGGGAAUGGUCGACAUUGAGAGAUUAUCUAGAGCCUGGCAAAAAGUUGCUGAUCGUCACUCUGCUCUCCGAACAAUUUUUGUUGACGGCAGUCACGAGUCCUCACUAAUGAAUCAAAUCGUGUUCAAGCCAGGAAAGGCAAGAAUAGUCUUUGUCGAUGCAUCAGAAGCAGAUGCUAGGGAAUCAUUAUCACAGAUUCCCAGCGUUGACUUCAAAGAUAGCAACCCGCCUCACCGUCUUGCUAUCUGUAAGACCAAAUCUGGGAAGGUCUUCUGUCGAUUUGACAUUAGUAAUGCUAUCGCUGAUGGAUCAUCUAUGCCAAUCAUAAUUAGGGAUCUUUCACGAGCAUACAUGAAUUUACCUCCUGCCACUUCCAAGCCACCCAAGUACGGCGAUUUCAUUGCACAUCUGCAAACCAUACCCAAGGAAAAGGGUAUUGAGUAUUGGAAACAGUAUCUUUCAGGUGCUGAGCCUUGCUUCUUCCCAUCUUUGGUAGAAGAUAAUAAGGGCGAAAAGGCGCUGGGCUCUGAAAUAUUGAUUCUACCGGACAACGAGAAGAUAGGUGCAUUCUGCAGGGAGAUGGGUAUUACAAUGUCAGCCCUCUUCCAACUUUCCUGGGCCUUGCUCUUGCGAACAUACACUGGCUCGGAUGAAGUAUGCUUCGGCUACGUUGCUUCAGGACGAGAUAUUCCAGUGGAAAACAUACAAGACGCGGUUGGAGCUUUCAUCAAUAUGUUGGUAUACAAAAUAGUCUUAAAGAAAGAUAUGUCGCUACAAAAGGCAUUGAAAAAGACUCAGCUCGACUUUGUGAAGAGCAUGGAGUACCAAUCUAUCUCGCUGGCGGAAGUUCAACAUGAGCUCGGUCUUGGAGACACCUCACUUUUCAACACUGCCUUCACUUUCCAGAGACGCGGUGUACUGGAAGAAGAUACUACCCUUUCUCUUUCCUUCAAGGGGUUUGAUUCUCAUGAUCCCAGUGAAUACAAAUUGGCAGUGAAUGUUGAGAUGCUUGAUACGACCACUGAGGUUCAUUUCAGCUUCUGGAGGGAUUACCUGUCAGACAUCCAGGCCAAGAAUAUCGCAGACACUUUUGAAAAGAUUAUAAAUGACAUUGCUAACGACUUUAACCCUACUAAAUCUAUUGGUGACGUUGACUGUUUUGGAAAUCUGAGUUGCAUCAGUGUUUACAACUGGAAUCGCGACUCCCUGGAAAAGACUGAAAAGUGUGUCCACGAGCUGAUCGAAGAACAGUCUUUGACACAGCCAUCUUACGCCCAAGCGAUUGAAGCAUGGGAUUCAAAAUUUACCUAUCAAGAAUUAAACAUCCACGCCAAUCGUCUCGCAAAGCAUCUCCAAGGGCAUGGUGUAGGUCCGGAAGUCGUUGUUCCUCUUUUCUUCGAAAAGUCAGCAUGGGCCAUCGUUGCGCAAAUAGCGGUGCUUAAAGCAGGAGGCGCCUUUGUAUCCUUUGAUCCAUCACACCCAGAGGACAGAAUUCGAAGCUUGAUAGAGGAUGUUCAAGGUCACACGGUAUUGACAUCAGCUCAUCAAUAUGACAAAAUUUCACAAAUCACGAAAAAUGCCAUCACUGUGAGCGAGGGUGCUUUGCAAAAGCUCCCCAAGGUCCAUGGCCAGGUAUCUUCCCCUGUCAAACCACAUAAUACUGCCUAUAUCAUCUUCACUUCUGGGUCAACUGGAAAGCCUAAAGGAACAGUCAUAGAGCAUGGCCAAUUCUGCACAGCUGCCUUGGCUCAUGGUAAUGCCCUUCACAUGGAUUCGAAGACGCGUUCUUAUCAGUUUGCCUCUUAUACAUUCGAUGCAUCCAUCUUGGAUAUCUUAUCAGUCCUUGUCUUGGGUGGAUGUGUCUGCGUGCCUAGUGCUGAAGAACGCAUGAACGACAUUGCCGGUAGUAUCGGAAGACUCCGCGCCAACUGGAUGUGCAUAACGCCUUCCGUCGCUAGCACGCUGAAACCAGAAAGCAUACCGACUAUGAAAGUGAUCGCUAUGGGAGGCGAGAAACUGACCCCAGGCAGCAUCGAGAAAUGGUCGAAAUCGGUACGUCUAGUUGAGGCAUACGGUCCUAGCGAGUGCUCUGUUGUCUGCGCCGCACAUGACAAGGUUGAUUUAUCUGGUAACAUCGUCAACUUUGACCCUGCUGUCAUCGGUAGAGCAGUUGGUGGUCGAUCAUGGAUUGUAGAUCAGAGGGACUACAACAAACUCGUGCCUAUAGGAGCCAUCGGCGAAUUGGUAAUUGAAGGUCAUACCGUGGGUCGCGGAUAUCUCAACAAUGAGAAGAAGACGAAAGAAGUUUUUAUUAAAGAUCCUACUUGGGCAACCAACAAGAAAAUUCGAGAACUUGUUGCUCCUGGAAGCCGCAUGUAUCGCACGGGUGACCUUGUUCGUUACAAUACAGAUGGCACCAUCACCUAUAUGGCAAGAAUGGAUAUGCAGAUCAAACUUAAUGGUCAGCGUAUCGAAUUAGGUGAAAUUGAAUACCAAUGUGCGCAACACAUGCCCCAAAAUUUGCAGCUGGCGGUCGAUCUUGCCGCUCCUGGGUCGCAGCCCGGUGCAAAGAAACUCGCAAUGUUUUUCACUCCCCAUAUGAACGUGAAUGGUGUAGAAAGCAUCGGUCAACGUGACGAAAAGUUACUACUACAAAUGAAUGACUCGAUUCAGGAUACGAUUAAAACGCUAGAAGUGUCCCUUGCGAAAGUCUUGCCAUCAUAUAUGAUCCCAAAGCUCUUCUUCCCAGUCUCUUCCAUCCCCUUUACUACUUCCGGCAAGCUUGAUCGUCAGAAACUUCACGGAGAGAUUAACGAUCUUUCUAGAGACGCCAUCAAAACAUAUUCUUUGAUGACUACAGUUAAAAGACAGGCCCCUACGGAUAAAGCACAGUUAGCUUUGCAAAUUCUAUGGGCAGAGAUCCUCAGUCUACCGACAACGUCGAUUGGUAGUGAAGAUAGCUUCUUUAGGCUCGGCGGUGACUCUCUGGCAGCCAUGAAGCUUGUGGGAAUGGCUCGGUCUCGGAAUAUCACUCUGAGUGUCUUAGACGUUUUCCGUCAUCCUUCUCUGAAAGAAAUGUCUUCGAAGUGCAAAUCGGCUAAAGAGACACUAGCUGAGACCAAACCUUUCAGUUUAUUGAGGGGUCCGGUAUCCAAGGAAGACAUUAUUGAAGAAGUGGCAACGCAGUGCAGUGUUAGCAAGGACAUGGUAGCCGACGUGUACCCUUGCAGUCCCUUACAAGAGGGCCUUAUCACAUCCUCUGUCAAGCAGCGUGGGGCCUAUGUUGCACAAAACGUUCUCCGGUUGGCUCAUAAUGUGGAUAUCCAAAAGUUCAAAGCUGCCUGGCAGCAGUUGACUGACGAAUUUGAUAUCUUGCGUACGCGUAUUGUUCAUACCGCUUCCUCCAACUUCCUGCAGGUUGUUCUCAGGCAACAUGAAAUUGUGUGGCAUCAUUCAAACAAUCUUGAAAAAAUCACGAAACACCCCUCGGUAGUACCGGAAUCCGAGGGCGGUCCAUUGACGCGAUAUAUCCUUGUGGAAGAUGCUGUUUCGUCUGAUACUCACUUUGUAUGGUCAAUUCAUCACGCGUUGUAUGAUGCUUGGGGUCUGGGCAUCAUUCUCAAAAGAGUUCAGGAAAUAUAUUUUGACAAUCCUUUAUUCGUUCCCGUGGCUUCCUUCGCAGGUUUCAUCGACUAUCUACAAAGACAAGAUCUUUCGGUUUCGGACAAUUUCUGGAAAUCCUAUCUCGCAGACGUGUCACCAACGCCUUUCCCGCCUACGAAUAAGGCAAUUUAUAACAGUGGAAAGAACACCAGCAAAACAUUGAGUACCAUUACAGACAUUAAGCACAAGUCAUUAAAUCUUGAUAUCACCACUCCAACGUUGAUACGAGCAGCAUGGGCUCUUGUCUUGUCAAAUCGUACCCAGUCAGAUGACGUCUGUUUUGGGGAAACUCUUAGUGGUAGAAAUGUCGACGUAAAUGGAAUCGCUGAUUUGGCUGGACCUGCUCUUACGACGGUGCCUACUCGCGUGAAGAUAGACUCUACGGUCACAAAGAAGGAUUAUCUCAGGGAGAUGCAGAGAAUCUCCACGGACAUGAUUCCUUAUCAACACUGCGGCUUACAGCAUAUUCGGAGGCUCGGAGAGGAUGCCGCCGCUGCUUGUGACUUCCAAAACUUGAUCAUUGUGCAAACCGCUGAGGCCGAAGAGAAGAAUGAACUUUGGGAAGUCCAAAAUGACGGUGCCUUGGGAAGCUUCUUUACUUAUCCCCUGGUCGUGGAGUGUAAACUUUUCAACUCUCAUAUUGAGCUCAACAUACACUUCGACGAAGAGAUAAUUUCUACCUGGGAUUCAGAAAGGAUACUUAUGCAAUUUUCAUAUGUCCUCCAACAGCUUGCAUCAGGUAGUAGUACUGACAGUGAGACUCUCGACACUAUUGGCAUGGUGAGUCCUGAAGAUAAGGAAGAUAUCACCUGGUGGAAUCGACGGAGGCCACAAGUUGUAGAUCAAUGCAUUCACGAUCUAUUCAGACACCAAGCCUUCGCUCAUCCUAAAGCAUCGGCAAUUCACUCUUGGGACGGGAACCUCACAUAUGAAGAACUGAAAAUAUAUGCAUCACAGCUCGCUUCUGAUUUGAAAGCACUGGAUGUUAAGCCAGAAGUUUUGGUUCCACUGUGUCUCGAUAAGUCUGCUUGGACUAUCGUUGCCAUGUUUGCGGUGCUUAUGGCUGGAGGGGCCAUUGUUCCUCUCGAUCCAAAGCACCCCCUUGAUAGACACACUGAGAUUAUCGGACAAAUUAAGGCAGAUAUAAUUUUGUGCGCUCCACAAUACCGUUCUCGAUACGAUGGCCUCGUCAACAAUGUGGUUGUUAUUGAUGAAAGCAUGAUUAAGAAUCUUGCGUUCAAAGAAAUAUCCUUUGAUGAUGAUGUUUUUUCUGUGUCAAGUUCCAACUCUGCAUACGUGAUUUUCACUUCGGGAAGUACUGGAAAGCCUAAAGGGAUUACUAUUGAGCACCGAGCAUUUAGCACCAGCUCGGCAGCCUUUGGUGCAGCAUUACGAAUGGACUCAAAGAUCCGGACUCUACAAUUUGCAUCACUUAGCUUCGAUGCUGCCAUGAUGGAAAUAUUUACGACCCUGACGGUUGGCGGUUGCGUUUGUGUGCCAAAUGAAGAAGAGCGCCUACAAGAUCUGCCAGGGGUCAUUUGCCGGAUGAACGUUUCCUGGACACUUUUAACGCCUUCAGUGGCCAAUUUGAUUGAUCCGUCCACUGUUCCGUGCCUGAAGGUUUUAGCGUGCGGCGGUGAAGCAAUGAGUCCAGAGACCAUCUCUAAAUGGACUGGCAACGUGGAAUUGGUCAAUGCUUACGGGCCCACUGAGGCAUCAGUUGUAGCUCUUGUUAAUCCAAAUGUAUCCAACGACACUCCAAGCAACAUUGGUUGCGGAACACAACCUACUCUCACCUGGAUUGUUAACCCGGAAAACCAUGAACAACUAACACCCCUAGGAGCUGUAGGGGAAUUGGCUUUAGAAGGGCCGACGCUUGCACGGGGCUACUUAGGAGAUGAUGUUAAAACAAAAGCAGCCUUUGUUGACAAUCCAUCAUGGACGACAUUGUUUCCAUCAACUGUUUCUGGUAGCCAAAGACGUCUUCAUUUGACAGGAGAUCUCGUUAAAUAUAUACCCGAUGGCUCCAUCAACUUUGUCGGCCGAAAAGAUAGUCAGGUCAAAAUCAACGGUCAACGCAUAGAUCUUGGUGAAAUUGAGCAUCGAUUGGAAACAGAUCCCCGCAUCCGUCAUGUCAUUGUUUUGUUUCCGAAAUCAGGACAUCUCCAAAAACGUCUUGUCGCAGUCAUUUCUCUCAGCACCUCCAAUAAGUCUGUUAGCUCUUCCCAGUCAUUUGAGCUUGUUAAGAACAACUCUGUUACCGACUCCCAGCUGGAAGAUAUUAAACACAAUUUGUCACUCCAAUUGCCUUCAUACAUGCUUCCUCAUGCAUGGGCGAUCGUCAACACGGUUCCGAUGCUAGUCUCUGGGAAGCUUGAUAGAAAGUCGGUAAAAGGCUGGAUUGACAACAUAUCGGAGAGCACUAGUCGGCGUAUCAUGCGUGACGAAGAAAGCAACGAGCCACAUGCAGAAAUUACGGGAGUUGCUGCUAUACUGAGAGACGUCUGGGGCCAAGUAUUAAAUUUACCUAUUGAGAAGGUAAAAUUGAACCAGUCAUUCAUGAGUUUAGGUGGAGACAGUAUCACAGCCAUGGCUGUCGUAUCUAGAAGCCGACGACAGAAAAUAGGGCUCUCUCUUCACGACGUCCUUCGUUCGACUUCAAUAGUUCAAUUAGCCAGUACAGUCGAAGCCGGUAUAGUAACCGUCCAGAGUGAGGAAAAAAUGGAACAGGACUUUGAGCUCUCGCCCAUACAAAAGAUGUACUUUAAGGCAAGCAAAGAGCACCAAGGAAACAGUCGCUUCAAUCAGAGCUUUAGUCUUCGCUUGUCAAGAUAUAUCAGUCCCCAAACAUUAUGCUUGGCUAUUCGAGGUCUUGUGGACCAUCAUUCAAUGCUGAAAGCACGCUUCCGGCAGAGAGAUGAUGGGGAGUGGGUGCAACUACUCUCUAAUGAUAUCGAGUCAUCAUUCAUUUUCAAUCACCACCUCCUAUCUACGCUUUCAGAAGCGACUUCAAUAAUUGCACAAAGCCAGAAAAGCAUCAAUAUCUCGCGUGGUCCUCUCUUUACUGUGGAUAUGCUCGAAACUCAGGACAAUCAGCAAUUCCUAUUCAUGGUCGCUCAUCAUCUCAUCAUUGAUAUGGUAUCCUGGCGAAUUAUCAUCCAAGAUCUACAGGAUAUGCUUGAGACUGGCUCGGCUCCCAACGACAAGCCCCUCUCAUUCCAGACUUGGUGUACAUUACAAACCGAACAUGUCAGGCGAGACGACAAAGCAAAAAGUCUACCAUUCCAGGUAUUACCUGGUAAUCUUGGCUAUUGGGGAAUGGAAAAUAUCCCGAAUAAAUAUGGGGAUGCUUUACAAAGCUCUUUUAGUUUGACUGAAGAAACCACUUCGUCUACAAUGGUUGGCAGCCACAACGUCUUCCGAACUGAUCCUGUGGAUAUUUUACUUUCCGCAAUUAUUCAUUCUUUCCACUGCGUGUUCAAUGAUAGGUUCUUGCCCACUUUAUUCAAUGAAGGUCAUGGGCGAGAGUCUUGGGAUUCAGAAAAUGACCCAUCACGGACUGUGGGUUGGUUUACAAAUAUUUCACCUUUGCAAGUUUCUAUAGAUUCGGAUAAUGUCCUAAAUACUUUGAAACGAGUGAAAGAUACUAGGAGAAGUGUGCAAGAAAUUGGAAAACAUUACCUCGCAUAUAGCCUUCUUGCUAAAGACGGUCAAGCCCAUCCUGUACGAUCUACUGUGCCUAUGGAAAUUUUAUUCAACUACCUUGGAGGCAUGCAACAGCUCGAGAGUGAUGACUCUUUACUACAAAGUGCAGACAUAGUACCAGAACAGGAAGACCCACUAGUUGUCGGUGAUAUGGGACCUGAUACUACUCGACUUGCCUUAUUCGAAAUUUCAGCCAUUGUGGUACAAGGCAGGCUACAGUUCACAUUCAUGUACAACCGUCAUAUGCGACAUGUCGAUGAGAUUCGUCGGUGGAUCUCCGAGUGCAAAUGGACCUUGGAGGAGAUCAUAAUUAGAUUACGACGAUGCAGCGCCGAGCCAACUUUGAGCGACUAUCCACUGCUUCCUGUCAACUACGAUGGCAUGAAACGAUUGAUCAAGGAGGCUUUCCCGAAGGCAGGUAUUUCGCAUCGAGACCAGGUUGAAGAUAUCUACCCCUGUUCCCCAACACAGGAAGGCAUGCUUCUAAGCCAACUCCGUGACCCAAGCACAUAUCUUUUCCACGUCAUUUUCGAAGUCAGUUCAGUCAAUCCACGGGAAAAAAUACAGUCUCAACGAUUGAUUGACAGUUGGCAAAAGGUCAUUGAUAGGCAUGCCGCCUUGCGGACCAUCUUUAUCAAUAGUACGUACAAAGGAGGUGCGUUCGAUCAACUCGUUCUGAGAAAGGUUGAUUCCGAAAUUGUCCACAUCAACUGUGAUGAUUCCCAAGUCAUUGAUAAGCUCCAGUCGAUCAAAUUGCACGAAAUAAACACCAAACGAAAGCAGAAAAUACCACAUCAGAUGGCAAUUUGCAAUACCUUCUCUGGCAAAGUGUUCAUCAAACUUGAAAUUAAUCAUGCAGUGAUUGAUGGAGGAUCGACUCCAAUAUUGAUUCGUGAUCUAUCUCUUGCAUAUGAUGGCCAACUACUUGAUGGUUCGGGGCCAUUAUAUUCGGACUACAUCCAGUUUAUCAGAAGCAACUCUACACGCGACGAUAUCACGUUCUGGAAAAGAUAUCUGGCCGGAGUCCAGGUGUGCCAUUUCCCUCGCCUCACUUCUGCUACUGCCGGUGAGCGCCGUCUUGCUUCAACAACAGUCAAUUUCAAAAAUUGGUCAAGUCUUCAGAAAUACUGUGAGGAAUCAGGUUUUACUUUGGCAAACGUAAUCCAAGCAGCAUGGGCCUUGGUGCUUCGAAAGUACACAGGUUCUGAUGAUGUGUGCUUUGGUUACCUGUCAGCUGGGAGAGAUGCGCCCGUCCCCGGCAUACAGGAUAGUAUCGGAGUCUUCAUUAACAUGCUCUGCUGUCGCGUAAGAUUCUCUGGGUCACAGCUUUUGGCUGAAAUCCCCGGUCUCAUUCAGGAUGACUAUGUUAAUGGAAUACCACAUCAACGUUGUUCGUUGGCGCAGGUUCAGCACGAGCUAGGAUUGCAGGGAAAGAAAAUAUUCAACACAGCGCUAUCCAUUCAAAAUCAUUCUAUAGCGAGUGACUCCGUGGAAGGGUCAUUGAUAUUCACCGCUGAAGAUGCACAUGAUCCCAGCGAGUAUCCAAUUACUCUAAACAUUGAAACAGCUCGAGAGGAAGAAGGAAUUAUCAUUCGGUACUGGACUGAUAUUAUUUCAAGUGAUCAAGCCUCGGGGAUUUCGGAGGCAAUCACCGCCAUUCUACAAGCAUUUGCAAAUGAUCCCACAGAAACAGUGUCUCGUUUGAACAAAGACGUUCCACAAGUGGCAGAUGUUGCACAGAAACAAAGACUCACAAAUGCCACGUCACAUCAGCAGGGAGAAGAAAUCAAUCAGCUGUUAGAAAAUCACCCAGGGCUGCAAGCUCUCAUAGAUGAGAGGGUUCAAACGAUUGUACAGCAAAUGUUCAGUCUUAGUCGGCGCAAUUCUUUAGCUCGAAGAAGCUCUAUUGGGACAAGGAGGAUGUCAGUCAAGUCGAAUUUCACAGAUCGUGAGGUAUUAAAAGCUGCUCAAUCUGAAUCCGAUGCCUUCUCGACUGUUUCGGAAGAUAUUUACAGCCCGGAUAUUGAAAAUUCAGUAAUACCAGUUGCUGCUCAAAUUCACGAGCGUGGCAGACAGGCGAGUCUUGAAGAAAAGCUCUUGCGUCUUUGGAGUGAAAAGCUUGAAAUACCUUUAGACUCGAUAACAAAGGAUGACAGUUUCUUUGAUUUAGGAGGAGAUAGUAUUACUGCAAUGGCCUUAGUUGGGGAUGCGCGUGAUGUGGGUCUAGUCUUGACUGUUGCCGAUGUUUUUCGCAAUCCCAUAUUCAAAGACAUGGCAACAGCAGUUCAGAUAGCAAGUGACGUGAGCUAUGUCGACAUUGAAAUCAGCAACAUGAACAGACUUGGUCAGCCAUCUUCUGGCUCGGUUAAUGGCAAUCUUUACGAACGGUUCGCGUUGCUCAAAUCUGCCAACAUCGACGAAGCUUUCCUUCAAAAAUACAUUUGUCCUCGCGUUGGAGUUUUCAAAGGCGGCAUUGCGGAUAUCCUUCCUGUCACCGACUUCCAAGCGCUCUCCAUUACUGGUGCCCUCCUGCAGUCUCGGUGGAUGUUGAACUUUUUUUGUCUUGAUGGACAUGGCCCCUUGGAUUUCCGACGCCUUAAGCAAAGCUGUUUCCGUGUGGUCCACGCAUUUGACAUCUUACGAACAGUCUUCGUUGCUUCAAAGGGACGCUUUUUACAGGUUAUACUUCGCAAAAUUCGACCUGAAUUCUAUGUUUACGAAACUGACGAGAGUUUGGAUGAGUUCACUAGUAUGCUACAGCAGCGUGAUAUUGAGCAAGGUGUUAAGCAGGGCGAACCGUUCACCCAGUUCUAUGUCGUGAAAGAGAAAAAUACUGACAGGCAUCGCAUUAUCCUGCGACUGUCCCAUGCGCAAUAUGACGGGGUAUCUCUACCGAGAAUCCUCUCGGCAAUCAAGGCUGGAUACGAAGGUGGCCCCAUACCUUCUCCUGUUUCUUUUGCGAACUUUGUCCGUGACUCAGCAAGGCUCAUCACUACGGACCAUCACAACCAUUGGAGAACUCUAUUGAAAGAUUCCAAAAUGACUGAGCUUGUCCGUCGCCAAGCUACCGGCUACCGCAAGCCUGCAGGGAAUACCACAACUUUGCGCAAGACGGUACAUGUGCCUCCCAUGGCACACGGAAACAUUACUACCGCCACUGUCAUCAAAGCCGCAUGGGCAUUGACGUUGGCAAGAGUCACUGGAAGUGCAGAUGUUGUCUUUGGCCACACAAUCAGCGGCAGGAACACUGCAGCUAUCGCCGGAGUUGAGUCUAUGGUCGGGCCUUGCAUGAAUAUUAUUCCAGUCCGGGUCAAGUUUGGCGAGAAGUGGACUAUUCUAGAGCUCCUUCGAUACGUCCAAGAUCAGCAACUGGCAAAUAUGCCUUAUGAAGCACUGGGAUUCCGACAUAUAAUCCAUGAGUGUACAGAUUGGCCUAAUUGGACUAGCUUUAGUACUGUUCUGCAACAUGAUACGGCUAGUUCAUCGAACGAAAUCCAACUUGGAGAGAACACAUACGUGGUGAAAGGUGUAGGCAGCGAUGAAGAGCUUGCGGAUUUCUCCAUCAAUUCAAGGUCUUUGGAUAAGAACCAAGUGGAAAUGAUACUAUCAUUCUCUAUGGAGGGGGAGUCUACUAUGCCACUUGCUCAAAGAGUGCUAGACAUGGUAUGCGACUCUGUCGAAAGCUUUACAAAAAGCCCAAACAUGGCACUACCAUCACCGACUGCUCUUUCAAGCCUACCAAAGCAGCACAUUUUGGAAACUGAGCAGGAACCGACCAAUAGUGGACUUCAAUCAUCACAACUGGCUCACCUUAGCAGAGCGGAGAUUCUGGUUCUCUCUGAUGUCCUCCGCCGUGCAUGGGAACAAGUUCUCGCAGACAAUGACAACAACAGCCCACCACUAAAAUUUGAUUCUUCAUUCUUCGAUCUUGGUGGGGAUCUCAUUGCUCUUGCACAGGUAUCAUGGCUUCUCGAGCAGGAAGACUUAAAAGCACAGCUGGACGAUCUGAUUGAAUGUCCCACUAUGAUGAGUCAAAUGACAGCCCUGGUACAAUCGAACAGUGAUGUCGCACACAAAAUGAUGACAACUGCAUCUUCUACGGGUAAUUCAUCGUCUGCAACUGAUGUUGGAGCUAGGGCUGUCCAGGGAGAUUUGCAUCCUUUGCCACGGCAAUCGAAUAAGGCAGCACAUAGACGAUCUGUCACCUGGGCAUCAGCAGUAGAACUAGCAAGGAAAAUUGUGAAGAGGAGGCUGGAGGUGUCGGAAAAUUAA